AUGGCGUACCUAGUAACCAGCGUGAUAGACAAAUACCAUGAUAUCCUGGAAAACAAAAGUGAUCCUAGGGUAAAUGGAUGGGCCAUGAUGUCGAGUCCGUUGCCAACUUUGUUCAUAUGUUUAUUCUACGCCUACUUUUCCAAAGUGAUAGGACCAAAACUGAUGGAAAACAGAAAACCGUUCAGUCUUAGGAGAAUUUUGAUUGGAUAUAAUGCUAUACAAACGAUUUUUAGCGCUUGGAUAUUUUAUGAGUACAUGAUGAGCGGAUGGUGGGGUAAUUACAGCUUCAGAUGCCAACCAGUAGACUACAGCAACGACCCCAUUGCAAUGAGGAUGGCAAGGACAUGCUGGUGGUACUAUUUUUCCAAGUUCACGGAAUUCUUCGACACUUUGUUUUUCAUCUUGAGAAAAAAGAACAGCCACGUGUCUACUUUGCACGUCAUUCACCACGGCUGCAUGCCUUUCUCGGUUUGGAUGGGGAUGAAGUUUGCUCCAGGUGGUCACAGUACCUUCUUCGCCUUGCUCAACACUUUUGUGCACAUCGUCAUGUAUUUCUAUUACAUGGUUGCCGCAAUGGGUCCACAAUACCAAAAAUUCAUUUGGUGGAAAAAAUACCUCACCUCUUUCCAAAUGUUGCAAUUCGUCGCUAUUUUCGCUCACCAGUUCCAACUCCUCUUCACUGAAUGCAACUACCCCAAAAGCUUUAUGAUUUGGAUUGCGUUGCACGGCGUCAUGUUUUUAUUCCUCUUUAGCGAUUUUUAUAAAGUCAAAUAUACCAACGACAAAAAGACUGUGAAGGCUAACAACAACGCUGGAGCUUGUAUGCCUGUUCUCGAAGACGACGAGAAGAAGUCCUACAGCAACGGUAGUCUGAAAAACACUUACAUUUCGAGCGAGUACAGCGACUCGUACAAAGCGUGCUAUUCGAAUGGAAGCACGAAGGGCUUCGUCACGCAAACCAUAGUAAAGGACAACAUCAAAAAAAUUGAAUAG